CCACCCUAGAAAAGGAGAGCGCCUUUUCCCUCCCCUGAUCUCCCCUUCCUCCUGCCGACGACGUUACAACAGAUGGCCGCGCUCCGCCUCCCAGCGCCGCCGACGGCUGCGAGGUGGCCCCAGCCGCCGCCUUCCCCUGCCGGCUCUGCCUCCGCUCGGCUGCUUCAGCCCCCCGGCCAGGGCAGCAGCUGCCCCAGGCGGCUCGCGGCGCGGUGGGCCAAGGGACGGCGUGGGGACGACGGCGCGGAGGCGCCGCCGGUCAGGACGCUCCUGAUCGACAACUACGACAGCUACACCUACAACAUCUUCCAGGAGCUCUCCGUCGUCAACGGCGUGCCGCCCGUGGUGGUGCGCAACAACGAGUGGGCGUGGAAGGACGUGUACAACUGGGUGUACAAGGAGAGGGCCUUCGACAACAUCGUCAUCUCGCCUGGCCCUGGAUCUCCGGCGUGUCCUAGCGACAUCGGCGUAUGUCUGCGGAUACUUUGUGAAUGUGGAGAUAUACCCAUCCUGGGUGUCUGCCUCGGCCACCAGGCCUUGGGAUUAGUCCAUGGCGCUAAGAUUGUCCACGCUCCUGAAGCUAUACAUGGACGACUUAGUGAAAUUGAACAUAAUGGAUGCUACCUCUUUAAUCGUAUCCCAUCAGGUAUAAACUCUGGAUUCAAGGUAGUGCGCUACCAUUCUCUUGUAAUAGAAGCAAGCUCUCUGCCUGAGGAUCUUGUAUCAAUAGCAUGGACUGCUUCUCCCAAAAUGCUAUCUUUCCUUGAUAGCGAUCAGCCUGAUAAUACUCCCUUCUGGGGAUCGUUGAAUAACUUACCCUUAAUAGGCCCUUCAGAGUGCACUAACAAUGGUGAAUUGCCAAUUACCUUAAACAAUGCUAGCAAGUCAGAUAGUUACAAGAUUGUCAUGGGCAUUAAGCAUUCUAGCAGGCCUCAUUAUGGAGUCCAGUUUCAUCCAGAGAGUGUUGCUACUCAUUAUGGAAGACAGAUUUUUCAGAACUUUAAGAGGAUAACAACUGAAUUUGGAUUACAAUCAUCAUUGUUUCAGGAAAGAAAGGUUCACCGUAUUGGUAAACUGGAAAGAUCUCAAGUCAAUUCUCUGAAUCAAUGCGAUUUUGUUCCGAAGGGCUUGCUACACACUGAAAGAGUGGAUCUUUGCAAUUCUGUUGGCUCUCUGAAGCUCCCAGAGAGAAGCAAUGAGAACAAAUACUUACGGUUGAGAUGGAAGAGGAUUGAUAACUUCCUCAGCCACACAGGUGGCUCUGAAGACAUUUUUUCAGUGCUUUUUGGACAUCAAAACGCUGAAGAUACAUUUUGGCUGGAUAGCUCAUCAAUCGAUCAGAACAGGGCACGAUUUUCAUUCAUGGGUGGUAAGGGUGGACCUCUGUGGAAGCAAAUGACAUUUUCUCUCUCCAGUCAAGGAGCCAAUUGUGGAGGAACCAUCACUACUCGAGGUGCUCACGGAUCUGCUGUGAGAAACUCUCUCAAGGAUGGCUUUUUGGAAUUCCUUAACAAGGAGAUUCAGUCCAUUCAAUACAAUGAAAAAGAUUUUGAGGGGCUGCCAUUUGACUUCCAUGGUGGAUUUGUUGGAUAUCUAGGGUAUGGUCUUAAAGUUGAGUGUGAUGCAUCAUCUAACAAAGCUAAAUCAAGAACCCCUGAUGCAUGCUUCUUCUUUGCUGAUAACCUUGUGGUGGUCGAUCACAACAAUGGUGAUGUAUAUAUUCUAUCACUACAUGACGAAUAUUCUUCAAGUCAUGGAAAUGGAGACGGAAAUUACAGCAAUACAACACAUGCUUCAUGGUUAGUGGAGACUGAGAAGAAGCUUCUCAGGAUGGUUCCUAUGGCACCAGUACCACUGAUUAAUGGGAAACCACUUAUUAGAUCAUCGAAUUUGAAAACGCAAAGUUUUGUUGUUGAAAAAUCGAAGGAUCAGUAUGUUAAGGAUGUUCGUAGUUGCCUGGAUUAUAUCAAAGACGGAGAAAGCUAUGAGUUGUGCCUAACUACUCGGAUGAGGAGAGAAAUAGAGUAUAUAAAUGCUCUGCAACUGUACCUUAAAUUGAGAAAGAAAAAUCCAGCCCCUUAUGCAGCCUGGCUUAACUUCUCAUCGGAAAGCCUGAGUAUAUGCUGCUCUUCUCCUGAAAGGUUUCUGCGGCUAGAUCGUAAUGCAAUUCUAGAGGCAAAACCAAUCAAAGGUACUAUAGCACGUGGCAGAACACCAGAGGAAGAUGACUGUCUACGUUUGCAGUUGAAAUACAGUGAAAAGGAUCAGGCUGAGAACUUGAUGAUUGUUGAUCUCCUACGAAAUGACCUGGGUAAGGUUUGUGAGCCUGGGAGCGUCCAUGUUCCUCACCUCAUGGAUGUGGAAUCAUAUAAAUCUGUUCACACCAUGGUGAGCACCAUCCGUGGAACAAAGAAGCCCAAUUUAAGCCCUGUCGAUUGCGUGAAAGCUGCCUUUCCAGGAGGAUCGAUGACCGGUGCUCCAAAAGUCAGAUCAAUGGAAAUUCUCGAUUCGCUCGAAAGCAGCCCCCGAGGUAUCUACUCGGGAUCGAUCGGAUUCUUCUCUUACAACCGGACAUUCGAUCUGAACAUCGUGAUCAGGACGAUCGUCCUGCACGGCAGAGAAGCUUCAGUGGGGGCAGGUGGGGCUAUAGUUGCUCUGUCAGACCCUGAAGCGGAGUACGAAGAGAUGAUGCUCAAAGCGAGGAUGCCAACUAAGGUGGUUGAAGAGUGCAGCCUGACAGCACACAAUCCAGACCGAUCAGAUUCGAUGCAGACGACUGUAAGUUAGAAUGGAGGGUAAUAUGAAACCUGCUUCUCACGGAAGCUUCACCACCAUUAAGGUUCAGCAUACAAACGACUACCGUGGGUUCAACCUGACAAGUUUUACCUUUGCUGUUGGUGCCCAUGCUAAUGAUGGCCUUUCAGAGAAUAAGGCAGGGAUGGAAGUUAAGGCGUUGCAAGAGCAUGCUGGGAUUGAAGUGUUCAUGGCGGCAUAUGGUAGAGUGUAGUAUUAACUACUCCAGUAUGGAGUACAAUUUUACAGAAAAAGAUAGCACACGUAUCAGCUCAAUAUGUUACAAGUUGUUUUUUUUUUCAAGGAAACUACGGCGGGCCAAAGCCAGCCUACACCACAUUUUAUAAAAGCUAGAAAAGUUUAUGUACAAGAAACAAGUUGGUAUUUACAGGUUGUGUUUCCCCCAGAAAACAAUGGGCACACUGGUGCUUGCUUUUUUCAGAGCCGUGGUGCGAUGAUAUUGGUUUGUCUGUA